AAAAACAUGGCUGCCCCCAUGAACACAAACGCGAAUAGUCUGCAGUGCAAACAUGGAAAAACAUACUUGUUGUAUUUUGCAAAUCAUCACACAGACUUCAGAAUUGCUGAGUUGGUUGCACUGGCUGACAUGUUUGGUAUUGACCUUCUGGUGGCAGAUUUGAAGUUUCUUGAUAAAGAGUGUCCAUUUUUUGUUGUCCAUCUUUCUUCAGAAGCAGAUGCCAAGCAGUUAGCCAGUAGAAGUGUGCUGAUUAAGUCAAUCAUUGAAUUGUGGGGCCAUGGGAUUACUCAUGCGGAUUUGUUUGAAGACCUCAGAAAAUCUAAGGAUUCAGUGAUGUCACAUCUAAUGGACACUGCUUCAUUUAAAAUUGUUGUUGAUGGUUUCAAUAAGUCACUCCCUCAAAAAUACAAAGUCCAGAGGAUUGAGAGACUUACAGAGGAUGCUCUCCCUUUCAGUGGUAAAAUCAAUUUAAAAAAUCCCGAUCAACUGUACUAUUUACUAGAGGAUUAUGGGAAACAGUCCAAGAAUGCUGACUCAGUCCCACAACAUGUGUACUUUGGUAGGUGGGUUGCAGAUGGAAAUAGAAAUGAAAUUCAAAAUCAGGAGGUCAAUAAAAGAUCCUUUAUAGGUAAUACCAGUAUGGAAGCAAGCCUUUCACUCCUGAUGGCCAACUUAUCAAAAGUCCAGAAAAAUAUGUUGUUGAUUGAUCCAUUUGUUGGGACAGGAAGCAUUCUUGUGCCUUGUGCGUAUCACCAAGCAUAUGUCAUGGGAACAGAUAUCAAUUACUUGCUUCUACAUGCAAAAGCUAAGCCGAGCAGACAUAAACAGAAGACAAGGUCCCCCGACGAGAGCAUCAGGAACAACCUAGCAGGCUACGGAUUAGAGGCGUACUACGGCGACAUUAUGGUGGCUGAUGCCUCGCGACACGCCAUGUGGAGAACAACGGAGAUAUUUGAUGCCAUCAUCACAGAUCCACCUUAUGGUAUCAGGGAAGGGGCCAAGAAAGUUGGGAAAGAAGAGGCUGUCACACUAACCCCAGAUCAACGAGUAGAUCACAUCCCACAGAAGGUAGAAUAUGAUUUGUCCAAUAUUUUCACAGACCUUCUAAACUUUGCAUACAAAUUCUUGCGGACUGGUGGACGACUGACUUACUGGUUCCCAGUACAUAGAGCUAAUUACAAGGAGGAAAACAUUCCGCAUCACCCAAGUAUGAGGCUGGUGUCGAACUGUGAACAAACAAUGAACCUCCGAAUAUCUCGUCGUCUGAUCACCAUGGAGAAGAUUCAGCCAUACAGGGAAGACGAGUCACUGGCCAGUCAGACACAUGUAGAUCAUUAUUUGAACUCAUCCUUCAGGAACAUGUAUUUCAAUGUGUCAGAAAAUCAACAGAAAUCUGUCACCACAGAAGGAAACACGCCGGACAGUAAAAAGCCGCCAUAAUCACAUAUUUGAAGAUACAACAAAACACUGCCCUAUAGAUCCAAUGGCUACAAGGGGCUCCCAAAAUAAAACAGAAUAAAGGGAGGUCACUGGAGAUUCAGAAAUCUUGUAAAAGUAGACUAUGAGAUUGAACUUAUCUUGCAGCACUUUUAUAUCAGAAUAUCAUUUGACAAGGGUUUGUAAAAUAGCUAUCUAAACUCAACAUCAUUUGAUUUUAUGAAUUCUAAACACAACUCUCUCAGAAAACUUGGUCUGUGAUAUAUGUCAUUUUGCAUUAUACAUGUAAUAAUAAAUGCUUAAGAAGCAAUGAA